AUGUCCAAAGGAGCCAUUGCUGGCAUAGUUGUUGGAGGAGCUUUUGGAAUUUUACUUUUGGCACUCAUUCUCUAUGUUGUGUUCUAUAGAAGAAAAAAAGUUGCUCAAGUAACCCUUCUACCAGUCCCAGGUGCAUCUGAAGAACAAUAUAGCCAACUCCAACAUGGUUGUGGAAGUAGCUUGGAUAAGGCUUCUGAAUCAACUACUAUUGCUUCUCCGAGGUUGACUGGUAUUACGGUUGAUAAGUCAGUGGAGUUUUCAUAUGAGGAGUUAGCCAAAGCUACUGACGGAUUUAGCGCGGCAAAUAUAAUAGGUCGAGGUGGAUUUGGAUCUGUUUACUAUGCCGAGCUUCGCAACGAGGUUUGUGUGUUUAAAAUCUAUUUUAAAAUGGAAAUUCAAUUUAUUAGCAGCAAUUAA